GCGCGUAGAGGAAAUAGGUACUGUUUUUUUAGAAGCUAUAAUAAUUUUGACUAAGAGUUAAUUUCAUUGCUUUACUGUACCAGUUAGCACAGUUUGGUUUUUAGCAAUUAGGAUGUUGAUUAAAGAACAAUAUGACAACAAUUAUGUUGUCAUGUGGCUAUCUAUUAUUUUUUUUAAUGGCUCUGGACCAACCUUUUCCUAUCCAGGGAAGGUUGGAAACAGUGUUGGGGGAUGAGAUCGGGAAAGAAAAAUCUGCACACGGCUCAAAACAUCCCACUCACCAAAGUUACAAAUUGGCAUUCCCUUCUAUCUGGCCACGGCUACGAAGGUUGGUGCUGCAUUGGUCAAAAGCAAGGCAUCUUUCUGCUGCUUCUCAGAUCGCCCAUCUUCUUCCUUCCCUCAAGUUGCCGUUCAUUUUGCAUUUCCCCAUGUUGUCGUCUCCAGAUGGCUAAAACCUGUUUUGCCCUGAAUUAACAGCAGGGUGUUGAGUGCAUUUCCUUCCCUCCCUUCUUCCACCAGAAACGUUUUCAUCCUUAACUUGUUAUCUCACCCCUGCAGCACCAGUACCGAGAGUGCCAGGAAUUACUGAGCCUUUAUCAGAAAUAUCUCUCUGAGCAGCAGGAAAAACUCACACAUUCGCUUUGGGAACUGGAGGCUGCCAAGCAGAAGGAGCAGCAGAUGUCUAACCAGAGAGGUCGCUGUCAGCUGGUGCCGCCCUCCGAUCUGGAUGGAUCCUACCUUGGUGUAGCUAGACCGCAAACUUUAUACAAGAAAGUAACCCGCAGAAGCCCUCCUCUUCCACCUUCAACUCUGCCUGGUAGGCAAAGGGGUGUUCUUGGAACUGGCACCCAGGGAUGUCAGACAGAUGCCGGGAAUGGGCUUCCUUUGGAAAACGGGUUGCAUAAUAAAUGCAACCACGUGGCAUCUCCAGCAAAGCAGCAGUCGGCUCCCCAUUUUAAAAGAACUCCUGACGGAGACAAGAGGAAGAACUCCUGUUCUCUUCAAACAUGUCCUUUCCAUGGAAAACUGGGGAACUCAGCUCACGAAUCUUUCCAGGAUGCUUGCCACGUUCAAGAAAGGUAUUUGGGACCUCCUUCGGAAUCCUCCUCGGAAUAUUUUUGCUCGCCGCAUCCCCCUAGGCGGAAGGCUAGUGAAGGCUUGCGAGCAAAAGAAGAACCUGACCAGGGCCAAAACUUCUCUGAAGAAAAAAGGAAGCAGCUCCUGCUCCAGAAAAUAGAGCUUGAAAUCGAGAAGGAACGUCUUCAGAAUCUGUUAGCGAAACAAGAGGCCAAGCUUCUGCAGCAGCAGCAGGAGCUUCGGCAGUCCAGGCUCGAUUAUCAUCGGUUUAAAACCCACACUACUAAUUCAGAAGACGUGCUCAUGGAUGAAGCUGUGAUGGGACCAGGCUCCUUGGCUCCAGCCAUGAAUGGAAUUUGUGAUGGCCUCAGUUCCCCCAAGUUGGAUUGUGGAGACUGCCUUUUAAGAACACCCUCCAGGAAAGGCUGCACAGCACCGGAAGGCAGCGAAGGCAUCCAUUCAGGGACAAAGAGCAUGGGCUUCAAUAGUGAUGCAGAUGGCGCAACCCUUUGGGAGGGCACGAAGAAGGAGCCCAUAAGGUCCAGACGAGGGAUGACCCCAGGCUCUGGGAAGGAUGCCGCUAUGUCUCCUGGAGCGGCAGGCCCCAGGAAGGAGCUCGUGACUGCGGCCACCUCCCCAAUCCAGCACGGGGCUUGGCGGUACGAGACUUCCCUCUUAGACCUGGUGGCUUCAAUGAGCCCAAGGCCGGAGCAUCCCUGUGGCAAAAGUUACAGCCUCCCCAAAGGGAUCCAGCCCCAGGGCAGGAGCUGCAGGAAACCUGGCUGGGAUUGGAGGCCCUGCAGGGCCAAGAACGGAGUGGCGGAUUUGGAAGAAAGCCGGAUUUUGGAGGACAUCUUUUUCAUUUGAUGGGCUCGGCGCUCACCACCACCACCAGGAUGAAUCCGAAGACCUCCUUCCUUUCUCUUUCUCAUCUGGGUGUGUUUACGUGUCAGGAUAUUGGUUUUAAAUUAUUUGUCUGACGAAUGAUUGUCUCCUCUCUCCCCGUAGAAAAUUGAACACGGUAGCUCCCCUCUCCGACUUCUGAAUCAUGUUAGAGAAGCAUCCUUUGGAACGAGCUGCCUGGAGCGUUAGUGGAACAUUUCUGGGUUUUCCCCCGCCCCCCCUGGGGACUUUCUUGCAGGAUUCCAUUGCUGAAGGGGGACAAAAAGUCAUGCCAUUGUGAAAAGGGUUGGUGUUUCCUUGUUGACUUUUAGCUGUGAAAACUGGUUUCCGGGGCUUCAUCUCUCUCCACCUCACGUGCAAAAGCACCCUCCAGCUGUGUAAUGUUCCUUUUGGAAAGCAGCCUGUUGAAGUGGAAGGUGCUGUUUGUGCACCCCCAGUACAUUGCUGGGAGCUUCCAUCAAGGGUUGUUUCACUGGUCUUCUGGGCAGGCCACUUACAGUUGCUCUCUACCCUUAAAUGAUGGUUUCCCAGUUAAUGAACCUUUUAUAGAAGAAGCCUCUUUAAAAAAGAAAAAUGAAUCAAGGUGCAUUGGAGGUAGCAUACCUGAAAUGCUGCCACCCCUCCUCCUCUUUCUUUUUGCUUCCUCUCUUAACAAAAUUGGGCAUCUUUUCAAUCUGAGCGGCUACAUUCAUGGCCCACAUCCACAGAGAGAGCACCAGGCUUGUAGGCAAAAUUAGUUCACUAAGUGUUUUCUUGGACUAAAGACUUUUUUCUCCCUUUUGCAGCCUCACUCCUUGACGUUGUAAAUAAAGACAAAUCAGUAAUUAUUUCCA